AUGGAUCCCAACCGUGGUAUAGCCGUAAUGAGCUUCAAGUGUCCGCUCUGUGAUAUGCCCAUCGAGUCGCAGGAGAAGCUGAAGCAACACAUCAAGGUCACGCACAGCCAUUACUACUACGAUACGUAUCUGUUUCCACCGGAAAUGUUGUUCCCGGGUGCAUCAUCCAGUGCAACGGCGAACGUGGAGGGUGUGAUCAGCAACGAACCGCUCUCCACGCAGGAUGUGACAAUUGAGCAGGCGGAAGAGGAAUGCUGUACCUGCUGUGCAUACGAAGAGUCCGGACAGGGUGGUGACUGUGGGUUUUGCGACUGCGAGGACGAUGCUCAGGGCGAGUGUGAUGACUGUCUGGUGAUGUGAAUCCUGGCCUACCCAUCUCAUCCCCGCUCUGCUUUACUUCCGUUUCAAUUUACUUCGUUCGACGUGAAUGCAAAAGCUACAUCAGCCAGGGAGUGUCUGAUACCAAGAGCGGAAACACGCUG